AUGCACCUUAUGCACAGAGGGAAGAGAACGAGAGGGGACUCAACGGCGGCGGAGGCAGUCGACGCCAGGAGCUGCGAUGUCCGAGUGGUUAAGGAGUUGGACUUGAAAUCCAAUGGGCAUUGCCCGCGUAGGUUCGAACCCUGCUCGCAGCGAAUCUUUUUGCCAUUUUUUGUUUCGUAUGGAUUUCACUCGAAAUCAAGGAGAAGUUCAGUUUUAAGUGUUUUGGAGAACGAAACGAUCUAUUUAGGGUAGUUUUGUUUCGUAUUAUUACAAAAAUGGAAAAUGAAGCUUCUUUAAAAUCAAAUAGUUGAAGAGAUGAAUUGGAAUUGCGAAAAUUAGUAUUAUUCGUCGUUUUUCCACAGCAUUUUCCUAUCCGGAUUUACAGAAUCCGAAGAAAAUUCAAAUUUCCUAUCAUUUUUGACCCUUUUAAAGCAAAUUUUAAGGCAAAAGAUGCGAAUAGAAACUGGUAGCUGUGAUGUCCGAGUGGUUAAGGAGUUGGAAUGACACUCGAAGAAGUCAGGUUCAAACCCUGCGGUCAGCAAAAAUAUUUUUGCCGAUAUUUCAACAAGGAACCAAGCAGAAAUUCAGGUUUUUCGAUCAAAAUUAUUGGUUUUUGGUUCAUUUGAAGCGGAUAUUCAGGUCGAGGAAGGAGAAGACGAUCUUCUGAAGAUGGCAACAGGGGGAGAUACCGGCUUUUUGGCGUCGGAAAAUAUGACGGAACGAUCCCGACGCCGAUAUCUGCAAAGACAAUGCACCUGGGCCGUUUCAACGAAAAAUCCUCUUGACAUUUCUCAACCGGUUCUUUUUUGCGCCAUUCGUUUGGAAAUCCGACGGAUGUUAGGUUGGUCUGAAGAACGUGGCAAAAGAAAAAAAUCGGGAAAAGGUUGGAAAUUUUGAGCUUUUUUUCAGAGUUUAAGCUGAAGAAAUUUUCACAAAAAAAGUGUAAAAAAACAUUUAAAAAAAUAUAAAUUUGGUCAUUAUCACAAGAUUUCAAAAUAAUAGAGACUUCAUUUUCAUGGGCAUAUCUAAAUAUGGGUUUUUUUACGUUUUUUUGAAAUUUUUUUAAACGCUUUCACUUGUUCUCUUCUGUUUGAGUUGGAAAUAAAAGAAAUUUUCAAAAAAUUAAUAUUUUUUGAUGAGUUUUCUGUUUCUACAUGAUUAUUUAAUUGUUACACUUUAUUCGAUCUCGAUUACAAUGAAAUUUAAUUUCAAAUGAAUUUUUUUAAAAAAACGGUUUUUGAGAAUGUCGAUAAUAAUUUUUGAGGUCAAAAGUAACGUUUUUUUAUUUUUCUAUGUGAGGCUGUUUUUCAUAAAUCAAUCGCGCUCCAUGGAGAAAAGUCUAUUUUUCCAUAGUUUGUAGAUACGACUUUUUUUCAGGAAUUUGUGAGCUAUUCUAA